AUUAAAACAAAAAAUAACAUUUAUUUUUUAAAUUAAAAGUAAAUAAAAAUAAAUAAAAUAUAUAUAAAAUGAAAAAAAUCAAAACAUAUGGAAAAGUUAAGUCAAAGAAAUACAUUACAUCAAAUGACUGGGACUCACUUAAAGACAAAGCACAUAAACCUGAAAUCAUAGAUUUAACACGCAGCACGCCUGUGGUUCUUUCAAAUACGCCUCGAGUCAAUGAUAUUGUUGAUGACUUCAGUAAGUUAUCAAUGUUAUCAAAUUAUCAAUCAACUCCUUUAGUGCCUUACAAUGUAGAUGCUCCAUAUGAAGACUCGUGUUCUCCAUGUGAAGACUCGUGUUCUCCAUGUGAUUUAUGUUCUCCUUUGUUAUUUUCAACGUAUGAAGAAGCGGAUGAAACAAAAAAGUCAAAAGAAAAUAAAAAAAAUGCAAAAAGAUGUUUAAUUCAUACCAUAUUAAUUUCAAGUGAUUCUAUAAAAGAAGAUUUAGUUAAAGAAAAUUGCAUCAAAAAAGGUGCUUGUAAAGAAGAUGCGAUUUUGUGUUUAAGCUCCACCUUGAACAGUUCUGUAUCUUGUUUCCAACGAUCUGUAAGCUUUAUAAGUUCAAAAUCAAAGCCGAAAAUAAAGAAAGUUUUUUCUGCUGCUGUUUUGUCAUUAGAUCAUAAUAGUAGCGUUGUUCCACUUUCUCCUUAUGGUAAAUUUAAGAAUGCCUUGUCUUGCAAAGAAAAUGAUGAAGACAUGUUGUUAUCUAUAUGCGAACAGCAGUGUCUAAUUAACAUAGAAGAGUACAUUAAAAGCUCGCAAUUUCUUAGCAAGUUAGGAGAAGGAUCCUUUAGUGAUGUUUAUGAAAAGAUUGAUGAAAAUAAUUUUCGAACUGCGAUAAAGGUAAUUCCCUUUGGGAACAAAGAUUUUUCCCAAAUAUCGUUAGCAGAUGUUUUGCCAGAAAUAGAAAUAUCAAAAAAAUUGUCAGACCUUGAAAAAGAGGGUGUCAAAGAGUUUCUUAAAGUACACAAAGUCUUGUACUGCAAAGGAGGGUACCCAAGUAUCUUAAAAGAUUUGUGGGAGAAAUGGGAUAAAGAUCACAUGUCAGAAAACAACUAUCCAAAUUUUGGAGAUAAUCAAAAAUAUAUUAUUAUGGAAACAAAUUAUGGUGGUGUUGAUCUUGAACAUUUUUCUGUGACAACAUUUAAGCAAUCCCUAUUGAUUUUAAAAAAGAUCAUUACAGCUCUUUCUGCUGCUGAAAAAAAACUUAUGUUUGAACAUAGAGAUUUACAUUGGGGAAAUGUACUUAUUGACGAUUCCCAUGGCUUAUUGAAUGUUUCAAUCAUAGAUUUUACAUUGUCUAGGCUGUUAGCUGAUGACUGUGUAGUUUAUACAGAUUUGGGAAAGGAUACUUCACUUUUUGAAGGUGAUGGUGACAUACAGUUUGACGUUUACAGACAAAUGAAAGAACAUAUCGGGAAUGAUUGGAAGUCCUAUAAUCCAAUUACAAAUGUGUUUUGGAUUACGUAUUUAUGCAAAAAACUUGUUUCAAAACUAGAUCCUUCUCGGAGAGCAACUCUACAUAAGUUUAUUACUCGUUUAUCAUCAUAUUCAUCUUGUUCUGAAAUUCUAAAGAGUGAUAUGCUCAUGAGAAAAACCUAAUGUUUUAAAAGAAUAUGCGUGUGUGUGUGUUUGUGUGUGUGUGUCUGUGAAUGUAUAUAUAUAUAUAUAUAUAUAUAUAUAUAUAUAUAUAUAUAUAUAUAUAUAUAUAUAUAUAUAUAUAUAUAUAUAUAUAUAUAUAUAUAAACAGAAACUUUUAAACAGAAAUCGAUAUUUUUAUCCAUUAUUAGGACCAACAGUCUAUUAUUAUGUUGAAUAUUUAAAUAGAUGACAGAUUUUAGUAUUUGUUUUUGGGACAUUACAACAGUAAGUUCAUCUCAUGAAAUAAAUCAAUUGCCAGUGCGAACUCUACCCACUGCGUCACGGCUGCUGAAAAUCGCUCAAUGAUUUCAUUUUUAAAUAUAUUGCUUUCAUUAAUUGUUAUUUAAACACUAAUUAAGACUUCUAACAAAAAAAAAAUAUAUAGUUAGUUAAAUAAAAAUGGCUAAUAUUUUUUACGCGCGCCUUAAAUAUAUUUUUAACAUUGUUUUUUUAUUAUUACUAUUAUUAGAAAUUAAUAAAAAAGAUCUUUUUAUAUUUUAUUAAGUUCUUAUAAUAAACUAUAAUGCAUAACAACAUUUAAAUGUUAUGCUAUUAAAAACUGAUGCAAUACUGGAGUAUUCUUGUUCGGAGAUGGACGCAUGAUUUCUUUUAUGUUUAAUUCCAUUUUUUUUUUCAUCCAAUUCUUUUUUGCAACUUUAUUUAUUCAGAGGUCUUAAUUUAGACUAAUUUAACUUAAGAGAGCUUAACUUAGUCAGAGGUUAAUUUAAUUAGAAUCAGUCACUUAAUUUAGACGUGUGUGUAAUAACCUCCUUCAGCCAGUGACGCAUUGAUUAGGAAAAGCUUGGCAUCUAGGAGUGUUUCUGUCUACAAAUAAUGUAAUUAUUUAUUUUUUAUUGUUUUAUUUACCUAUUUAAUAAAAUUAUUACAAAUA